AUGCUGCUGUUCGGGGGGCUACUGCUAUGUUGGGGACUCCUGCCCUGUCAAGGGGAGGCCCAGAAUCUACUCUUUCUGCGGAUCAGCAAGGAUCAGAUGGAAACAGACAUUUCAGACCUGUUCUCAGAGUACCACAUCCUGGACCGAGUGGUUAGCCUGCCAGUGACGGUGGCCUCGAAUGAAAGUGUCGCUAUCCUGGACCAUCUGCCCUUUGUGAGAAAGAACCUCUCUAAGAAGAGCAGCAGGCUGGACCUGUCGCUGGUCGGGGACCUGCUCUCAGGGAAGAACCUCCCGCUGCUAAGGGACCUGCUCCAGGCAGGAGGGUUAGUCGUAGAAGAUGCCAAAGGACCUGAGGUCACCCUGCAAAUCCUGAGUGACAGCCUACUACAGGUCACAUUGCGCUGCAAACUGUACCUCUCGCUCCUGGAGAUCCUCCGGCUCAAAGUCAUCAAGAACAUUCUCAUUGGAGUACGGUUGGAACAGACAGGAAAUAAAACCCAGGUGGCCUUUGAGGAGUGCCACACCCCACCUGGAUACCUGGGCAUCGAGGUGCUGGAGCAGAUGGACUUCCUGCCAGUGAACAAAGUUCUGAAGUUGGUGACAAGUGCCCUGGACGAGGCAUUGCCUUUCCUCCUACAGAAGAUAGUGUGCCCCCUGGCCACAACUCUGCUCAACCUGCUGCUGGAAGACCUCUUGCAAAUCGCUCUGCCCCCAGCCAGCUCUGGCCCAGAGGACUUCCAGUACUACAUCACCACCACGGAGUUCACAGAGGAGGCCAUCCUGAUGAAAGUGCAGCUCGUGACUCCCUGUGGCCCAAGCCAGAGAACCCUAAGUUCUGACCACCUGGCUCCUCAGCCCCUCCCAAGAUUAGCUCCAGGAAGCAUGGCAGACCUGGUCUUUUGGCUGGAGGUCUACAAUAAUAUCUUGUCCUGCCUCUACACCAGCAAGGAGAUCUAUGUGGACCCCCAGGACUCGACAGCUUCUGACCUCAUUCGGCUAUUGUCAUUAGGAGAACUGGAGCCUGGGCCAGAGGCUUGUAAUCAGCCCAGAGGGAAUGUGAGACUGACCAUCAACACUCCUGAUCCUCCCACCGUCCAACUUGAGGGAAACGUGGCCACAGUCAUCCAGCCAGGCUUGCUGGUGCUGCUGGGCCCCAGCAACUCCUCCUCUGUCCCAGUUUCCUGGGAACUUUUUUCAAAGGCUGUAUUUUCUUCAAGAAAUCAGGAACUAAUAAUCCAGUUUACUCCAAAAAGCACCACCAUCACCCUGAGCCCCCACCCCACUGGCAUCAAGAAGCAGGAAGGACAUCUGAAGGCCUUUCUCUUAGAGCUUCUGAAGAGGGUCUUUUUGCCCCGUCACAAUGAGCUGCUCAGACAACACCACCUCCCCCUGCCCAACAUCAAGGGCAUCUCCUUUGACCAGGCCCGAAUGGACGUCUCCAAGAAUUACCUACUGCUGACUGUUCCGGAGGAGUAA